ACUCUUUUCCAGAUAUCAGAGAUCAGAAGGGAGAAGGAGAACAAAGUUUACAAAAUUAAUCUUUCUUUCUUAGAUCUCUCACCACAAUAUUCAUUAAAAAGAAAAAAAAAAACUACUUUUCUUCUUCUGCUUAUCCUCCAUUCAUUAAUUCUUCCAUUACAUAGUGCUGUUUAUCACGUCUUUUAUACCUUUUUGCCUGUUGCUGGGUAUAGCAUGGAUCAUGUUCGAGCAUUUUCAUCUCCCCAUUUUCUUUCUUCUUCAACAAGUAACUUCAAUGGACAGCAAGAUAUAGAAGAAUGCGGUUUGGAAGGCCUUGCCACCAAUGUUAAGCUAUUACUGAAGUUAAUUCAAGACCAUAAUGGGUCUAGCACAAAAGAAAAUGAUGAGCGCAAGUUUCAUAGGGUAAAUGGAAUGAUGUUUAUCCUAGAUGAGGCUAGGAAUAGGAUUCAAAAGAUUCAAUCUACCACCCAGAGAAGAGCUGAACUUAGGAGGUGUAACACUGACCUUAGGCCUAACAUUCCAGCUCCAAAGGACAGAAAGCCUCCUUCUGAUGUGCCUAUAGAUGAGAAAGAGAGGCUAAAGAGGGAGCUUAACGCGAGCUUGGUGGCGCGACAAAGCCUUCAAGCAAUGUGUUCGAGUUUGGGAAAAGAGAAACAAAUUAUGGCUGCGGAACUCGCAAGGAAGGCUCAAGAAUUGACAGAGAUGGAGGAUUUCAUUGGUGAUCUAAAGGCACAGAAUGACAUGUUGAUGGAGAAGUUGCAUGAACAGAAGGAGAAGAAGGGUAAUGGUGUGGAGAUGGAAUGCAACAUAGUGCUACGAGAGCGUAACAAGGCGCUUUCAGAGCAACUCCAGAAGUCAAUUGAUGGUUAUCGGUCUAUGAAGAGAAGGCUCAGAGAUAUUCAAGAGGAGAACAGGCAAAUUCGCGAUACCAUGGAGCAAAUGGAGGAGGAAGUUGAUGCAGGAAUUGACAGGAAUAUAGGUAGGUUCAAGGAAAGAAAUAUGAGAACAAAUGAGAUCAAAGAAGAAAUUUCAGCUUUGGAGCAUAUGCUUGAUUCUCUCAAGAUGAAAGUCUCAAAAUAUACACAGAAGAAAACUUGAUGUCAUAUGCCAAGAGCUCAAUCUGUGAAUGGUAGAGGCAAAGAAGAGAAGCGUGAUUUGCAAGGGAUCGAAGAGAGUGGACAUCCUAUCAAUAAUACAUGCAUCGUCCAUUUACUGCAUGCUCUUGUUCAAUUCUUGCCUACCUCAGUCGUCUAUUUUCAUAUCUAGAAAUUAAAGCAUGCUCCUAGUCCUAGUAGUCCUAGACAAUUGUAGAAUGGGAGCCAUUAGCCAAAUCUGUUGACUGUAAAAUAUGGGAGUGAGAAGAUAGGAUUAAACUCAAUGAAGAGAAUAGUGACAUACAUUACACAUGUUUUUGAACUUUGGUUCAGAUGUACACUGACCCAAGAGUUGUAUAAGUCCUCUCUGUAUUGCAUAUCCUAAAUUCAAUUUUUGUUCAGUUCAGUCUGAUCUAUUUCAUGUAGACUUUGUUAGUAAAUGCAUAUAUAAUUCACACCAUUUUUAUCA